ACAAGACUACUUAGCUAACAUCAUGGGUUGACAAUCGUCAGUGGCGUUCAAGCAUUUCUAAUCUUACUCUGAACCAUCGAUGUCUUCUUACAAAAUCGACAUUCCACCCACUGCUUUAUCCACCUUGAAGUCUCGGCUCGAAAACGCAGUUUUUCCCGAUGAGUUGGAAGACUCUGGGUGGGCAUACGGUGCGCCUCUCGCUGACAUAAAGAGACUCGUCGCUCGAUGGCGUGAUGGUUUUGAUUGGAGGCACGAAGAGCAAAAGCUCAACGCCGAGUUGCCUCAGUUUACACGGGAUAUCGAGGUGGAUGGAUUCGGUACAUUGAACAUACACUAUGUCCACAAGAAAAGCGAGAGAGGCCUGGGUAUCCCUCUACUUUUUGUGCACGGAUGGCCAGGAAGCUUUCUGGAAUCUCGAAAAAUUGUACCUUUGUUGACAGCCGGGUCUGGGGAUGCUCGACUUCCUGUAUUCGAUGUAGUAGCGUUGAGCCUGCCCGGUUUUGGGUUCUCUGAGGGACCUAAGAAAACGGGAUUUUCGUUCACGCAAUAUGCAGAGGUCUCGCAUAAAUUGAUGCUUGCACUUGGUUACACAGAGUAUGUUACUCAAGGCGGAGAUUGGGGCGCCAGCAUUACUAAAGAGAUUGCCCGUCGUUAUGGCGGAGAACAUUCCAAAGCGUGGCAUAUCAAUCUUAUCUUGGCUGGACCUCCGGCAACCCAAGAUCCUAGUUCUUACACUGCUAUUGAGAAGGAUGGGCUCGCGCGCUUCCAAGAAUACAAACGCUCUGGAAAUGGGUACUACCGAAUACAGGCAACAAAACCGCAAACUCUGGGAUACAGUUUAGCAGACUCGCCUGUUGGACUGCUUGCUUGGAUUUAUGAAAAACUCGUCAUUUGGACUGAUGCUUAUCCUUGGACUGAUGAUGAAGUCCUAACCUGGGUAUCAAUCUAUUGGUUCUCUCGCGCUGGGCCCGCAGCAUCACUCAGGAUCUACUACGAAGUUGAACAUGCUGGUCAAGAAGUCGGUAGUACCAAUUUCCAUAUCCCAACGAUCCCGCUGGGAUUUUCACAUUUCCCAAAAGAGCUCGGGCGUAUUCCGAAGAGUUGGUAUCACCUUGUCGGAAAUGUUGUGUUUGAAGUAGAACAUGACUCCGGAGGGCACUUUGCAGCACAUGAGAAGCCCGAACUGCUUGUUGGGGACUUACAAAAAAUGUUUGGGAAGAGUGGGCCAGCAUUUGGCGUAGUCCUUGGACGCAAUGGAUACGACGGUUGAACAUUGAACGUUGAUGGUCCAACUCAGAUAAUUAUGCAAGAAAAGAGAAAAUGGAAUAAUGCUACUGAAUGAAGUAAAGGAAAUGUAUGUACAAAUAUGUUCUCAUCAGCUGUACCAGCAUACAUUAGAAUAUAUAAAAUCUUCUCAAUGAAUGUGU